AUGGCUUCCAGCACAAACAGGGGCAUAUAUGUCUCCCAGCUUCAACAGCAGAUCGCGGUUAUUCUGAAAAACUCUAGCGUGGUAGUGAAGUCUAUUUUAGUAGCAACAUGCUCAUUGUAUGUAGUGUCGUUUUUGGGCGAGUCUAUCCUAAACACAUUAGCUAUUACACCGGGAUUUGUAAUCCCUCCCAAUUUCCGAAUAUGGACUUACAUAACACACGGUUUUCUGGAAACUCAUAUUUGGAACGUCGUCACUGAUAUCAUAACUCUCAUUGCCUGUGGAAAACUGAUUGAGCCGUUAUGGGGAGCGUUGGAAAUGUUACUAUUUUGCUUCAUUGUAAAUAUUGGCGUUGGUUUGACUUCGGCAGUGUGGUAUCUUAUGAUAUACGUAGCCACGUCGAACAUUGAUUACUUGUUUCAAGUGCAUAUCCAUGGUUUGGCUGGCUACAUCGCUGGAAUCACCGUGGCUCUGAAGCAAACUAUGGGCGAUUAUGACGUUAUAAACACAUCAUUGUUGAAGAUGCGCGUGAAACACAUCUCUCUGUGGUUGGUGUUGUGGUCGAUCCUGUUAUUUGCCACCGGAUUUUCGUCAGGAGUAUACCCACUCAUGACUUGCACAGGUAUCAUAGUUAGUUGGGUGUAUUUACGAUUUUAUCAGAAACAGAGCGAUGGAUCGAGAGGAGACAUGUCAGACACUUUUACAUUUGCUACUUUCUUCCCAGAAAAAUGUCAGCCUCCAAUUGCCAUACUCGCUAAUACUGUCCAUAGUGGUUUAGUGAAGGCAAGACUUUGUAAGAAGCAAGUUAGGAAGUAUGAUGUGGGUGCGCCCUCUUCCAUCACUAUAAGUCUACCAGGUAGUGAUGCUAAUGAUGCAGAAAGGAGAAGACAACUUGCUCUGAGGGCUCUCAAUGAACGUCUCAGCCGAGUUGAAGAACAAGCAUCGUGGCCAAGUAUGGAUGAGCAGCCAGCAACCACCACAGGCACAACAGCGACCACAACCACUGCAUCCGAUAGUGAUAAAAACAAAGAAGGAGAUAAAGAUAAAGAAAGUAAAAAAGGAGCCGAGUCUUCUGCUACGGAAGACACUGAACCGGGGGAAACCGAAAGUGAUUAAAUCAGUGAAUAGCAGUAAAAAUACAUUUCACCCACUGUAAAAUGGUGCAACAAAACUGGAUGUGGUAUGAGGAACUGAUUGGUGUCGCAUAUAAGCUAUGUUGUUAGUUACAAACUGUACAAACAUAUUGCUAUAAAAAUGUGCAUGACGGUGUCCACUCUCUACGUAUUGUCCAUGGCUGAUAGGUGAACACGAUGUAUUUGUAGGAUCUUCGCUAUGUCAUUCACAAAACCCACCUCAUUCCUAGUUUGAUUGUUCCAGACGUUGUAGGGCUACUUAAAAGUAAUGGUUUUGGUGUAAAAAAAAACAUGAUCAGAAUAAGGAAACCUUUCUAUUUAACAGUUUUUAUUUAUUUCACAAAAUGUAAAGUGAUUUGGUUGUUGUACACACUGUUAGGAUUUCUAGAAAAAUUAGACUUGCAUGACUUGGUCAAUUUGGGGAAGAUCACCUUUCAUGCAUUGUCUUUAGUUCGGAAACUUAUCUUGCAUUGUGGGUAUUUUUUAUGAAACAGCCUGAUUUUUAUUUUGUUAGUUUGUGUUUUGUAAAACAAGUAAUGAAGGUAACUGUUAAUGAUGUGCUUUGUACUGGCCUUGUCCAAGUAUAAAGGGCUUAACCUUUGUGGUACUGAUAAAAAGAAUUGUACAAUACGUUUAGACACCCAUCGCUGUUGUCAAUUAAAAAAAAUGAGUUCUAAUGAAAUCCAUACUUUAAUGAAACAUUAAGAGCCAUUCAUUUAAUAUAUCAUGUUUCAAAAACUUUUUAUGGACAGCAGUAGUUUCAAUUUUUUUUAUAUACAUAUUUUUCAUAGAUGGUUGCUGUAAUUCUAUUUGCUUGCGUUUAUUAUGAAGUUUGCCUGUAUUGUACAGAGGACUUUGUAUUUACUGAUGUAUGAAAUUAUAUGUAUAUUCUGAUUGUACGAUAUAUUUGUGAAUGCAGGCAGGUGUUCUCAUAAUAUAGCGUGACAGCAACCUUGUACAUGACAUUGAGUAAAGAAUUGCAUGCUUUCUACUUGCAUUUCACUUGAUAAAAGCUGAAUUUUUUACAUUUUCAAAACUCAGUCGAGGACAAGGCCAUCUUAAUGCUGCAUGCAUUUGUCUUGUAUUUUUAUUUUUAUUUUUGGUCAAAGGGUUCAAAUUGCAACUUUAAAUAAAUUUUUAUUUAAAUUUUCAGCAUGUUUGAGAAAUUAACAAGCCAUGUUUGAUUGGAGUGUAAUAGUCAAAGGGGAGGGGGGGGGGUGUCCAAUAUUGUCAGCGGAUCAGU